AUGUUAUCCAAUUUGUACAAAAACAGAUCUCUAGUCAGCGCUAGUUCACGUUUGAUUAGACUAGCAUCUACUGCACCACCAACUGGUCCUUCUUCUUUCAAGACUGAAAAAGUCAUUGAAACCGAUGACGGUCAAAAACCAAAUGUCGUUAUUCUUGGUUCUGGUUGGGGUGCCAUCUCUUUUUUGAACCACAUUGACACCAAAAGAUACAACGUUUCUUUAGUCUCACCAAGAAACUACUUCUUGUUUACUCCAUUGUUGCCAUCGACACCGGUUGGUACCGUGGAUGAAAAAUCCAUUGUGGAACCUGUGGUAAAUUUCGCCCUCAAGAAGAAAGGUAACGUCACCUACUGUGAAGCUGAAUGUACCUCUAUCAACCCUGAAAGAAAUACCGUUACCAUUAGCGAUCUAUCUACCGUUCAACAGUUGAACAAAGAAGAAGAAAAACACUUUGGUCUAAAACAAAAUGUCCCCGCAGAGAUCAAAUACGAUUACUUAGUCACCGCUGUUGGUGCAGAACCAAACACCUUUGGUGUUCCAGGUGUGGAGAAGUAUGGUCACUUCCUCAAAGAAAUUGAUCAUUCUCUACAAGUUAGAGCUAAAUUUGCUCAAAAUUUGGAAAAGGCCAACUUGCUGCCAAAGGGUGAUCCAGAAAGAAAGAGAUUAUUGUCCAUUGUGGUCGUCGGUGGUGGUCCAACCGGUGUCGAAACCGCAGGUGAAUUACAAGAUUAUGUCUCCCAAGAUUUGAAGAAAUUUUUGCCAAACUUGGCUGAAGAAGUUCAAAUCCACUUGGUGGAAGCUCUGCCAGUUGUUUUGAACAUGUUUGAGAAGAAAUUGUCCUCUUACGCUCGAGAUGUUUUGCAAGGUACUUCCAUCAAGUUGCAUCUAAGAUCUGCUGUUUCUCAAGUGGAACCUGAUCAUUUGAUUGCCAAGACUAAGCAUGAAGACGGCACCGUUACCGAAGCUAACAUUCCAUAUGGUACUUUGAUCUGGGCCACCGGUAACAAGGCAAGACCAAUUAUUACCGACUUAUUCAAGAAGAUUCCCGAACAAAACCAGUGCACCAAGGCUCUUUCCGUUAACCCAUUCUUGCAAGUUAAAGGUUCUAAAAACAUUUUUGCCAUUGGUGACAACGCAUUCUCCGGUUUACCACCAACUGCCCAAGUUGCCCAUCAACAAGCCGAGUACUUGGCAAAGGUUUUCGAUAAGAUGGCUAACCUGCCAAACUUCCACGAAGAGUUGGGUCAAGCAACUGAGAAGUUCGAUCUUCUCUUCGAAAGAAGCAGCUUCAAACCAUUUUCCUACAUCCACUACGGUGCCUUGGCAUAUUUGGGUGCCGAAAAGGCAAUCGCCAACAUCACCUACGGUAAACGUUCCUUCUACACUGGUGGUGGUGUAAUGACCUUCUACAUCUGGAGGCUUCUUUACUUGUCCAUGAUCAUGUCCGCCAGAUCCAGAUAUAAGGUUAUCGCCGACUGGAUCAAAUUGGCCUUCUUCAAGAGAGAUUUCUUCAAGAAUUUCUAA